GUGGGGCCCGUGGCGGGCCAGCGGGAGCAGGGGUUGCAGACUCUGCCCGGACGCGGCUCGCCCUCCAGCCCCAGUGGCCGGACUCGGGUCGACGCGGGGGCGUUCUGCCGCGGACAGAGCGGAAACCACCCGGGCCUGCGGGGCGGGAGGUACUGCUCCUGCUGCUCACUGGCUGCUCAUUGUCUGUAGCCCGAGGUGCAGUCACCACAGGGGACUGUGCUCACUCUCAUCAGUGGAGCCCUGCUGCACAUCCCCUCCUCUUGUCAUCAGCUGCUUGGGCUUCUUCAUGGUGCAGAGUCGUCAUCUGCCUGGAGCAGGACCUGAACCAAUCUAAAGAAGCGUAUGGCACUUACGAAGAUAAAUGUCACUCUUGCCUUUUAAAUUGGAACUUCUGCUUAGGACCUUUAUGUGACUUUACAUCUGUGAUCUCUUCUUUCAGUAGCCACGGACUUUGAGUUGCAGGAAGGUCUCUGAAGAUUUAUAUCAAAUGACGUCAAUGGCCAGCUUGUUUUCUUUUACUAGUCCAGCAGUAAAGCGAUUGUUGGGCUGGAAGCAAGGUGAUGAAGAGGAGAAAUGGGCAGAAAAGGCAGUCGAUGCUUUGGUGAAAAAGUUGAAAAAGAAGAAGGGUGCCAUGGAGGAGCUGGAGAAAGCCUUGAGUAGUCCAGGACAGCCGAGCAAAUGUGUCACUAUUCCCAGGUCUUUAGAUGGACGCCUGCAGGUGUCUCACCGAAAAGGCUUACCCCAUGUUAUAUAUUGUCGUGUUUGGCGCUGGCCUGAUUUGCAGAGUCAUCAUGAGCUAAAACCAUUGGAUAUUUGUGAAUUUCCUUUUGGAUCUAAGCAAAAAGAAGUUUGUAUCAACCCAUACCACUAUAAGAGAGUGGAGAGUCCAGUCUUACCUCCAGUAUUAGUGCCUCGUCACAAUGAAUUCAAUCCGCAACACAGCCUUCUGGUUCAGUUUAGAAACCUGAGCCACAAUGAACCGCACAUGCCACAAAACGCAACUUUUCCUGAUUCUUUCCACCAGCCCAACAACACUCCUUUCCCCUUAUCUCCGAAUAGCCCCUAUCCUCCUUCGCCUGCCAGCAGCACCUACCCCAACUCCCCAGCAAGCUCUGGACCAGGAAGUCCGUUUCAGCUGCCAGCUGAUACUCCACCUCCUGCCUAUAUGCCACCAGAUGAUCAGAUGGGUCAAGAUGGUUCCCAGCCCAUGGACACAAGCAAUAAUAUGAUUCCUCAGAUUAUGCCCAGUAUAUCCAGCAGAGAUGUUCAGCCUGUUGCCUACGAAGAGCCCAAACACUGGUGUUCAAUUGUUUACUAUGAAUUAAACAAUCGUGUUGGGGAAGCUUUCCAUGCGUCUUCUACCAGUGUGUUAGUAGAUGGAUUCACAGACCCUUCAAAUAACAAGAGUAGAUUCUGCUUGGGGUUGUUGUCAAAUGUUAACCGUAAUUCGACAAUUGAAAACACUAGGCGACAUAUUGGAAAAGGGGUUCACCUGUACUACGUUGGCGGCGAGGUGUAUGCGGAGUGUCUCAGUGACAGCAGCAUAUUCGUGCAGAGCAGGAACUGCAACUUCCAUCACGGCUUUCAUCCUACCACUGUCUGUAAGAUUCCCAGCAGCUGCAGCCUCAAAAUUUUCAACAAUCAAGAAUUUGCGCAGCUCCUGGCUCAGUCUGUCAACCAUGGGUUUGAGGCAGUGUACGAGCUCACCAAAAUGUGUACCAUCCGAAUGAGUUUUGUUAAGGGCUGGGGAGCAGAGUACCACCGGCAGGACGUUACCAGCACCCCGUGCUGGAUUGAGAUUCACCUUCACGGGCCUCUUCAGUGGCUGGAUAAGGUCCUCACUCAGAUGGGCUCCCCUCUGAAUCCCAUCUCUUCUGUUUCAUAGUGCGGAAAGUAUUCUUUUCAAUGGUAUCACUAGUGGACUUGUUUUAAUUUUAGGGAAACUUUCAAUGCAGAUACUGUGAGCUUACAUGGAAAACAUCUUAUUUUUUUUAUAUAAUUGUGACCAAUACAUUUGUAUUUUGUGACGAAUCUACAUUUGUUUGUAUUAGUGUUCAUGUGAUUAACUCUCAAAAAGUGUUGUGAAAGAUGCAGAGAAAUUCUUGUGCCCCAGUUCCGAGGUUUGGCAUUAAUCUUAAACUGGAACAUGCAUUUGCCUUAUUGUCCCAACAAUUUUUUUUAAUUUGUUCAACUUUUUUAAAAAAUGUAGAACAACACAUGAUGAAAAAUGAUGGUAGUGUAAGAGGGUAUGCAGUGAAAAGUCUUCCCUUCGACUCUUGAUACUCAAGCAGUUGUACAUUUUCCAGUUUCUUUGUCCUACCAGCUUCUAAAAAGCCUAGUUCAUUGUUCUGUAGAAGCAUAUGGUGGGGACUUAAAGAAACUAUAAAAAAUCUUCUGUGUGAGGAACACUAUGCACUGCUCUAACAAGUAGUGUUCGGUAAAAGCAAAGUGAUAGUUUUCUAGAUGACAUCGUAAAAUUUACAUUUAGUACAGCUAAAUGUUCAUCCGUGUAUUGUGACUUCACUCAAUAUAUCUUUUGUAUAACAUUUUCCUUUUUAAAAAAUGAUUGCCAGCAACAGAUCUCCGGUAUGUGUCAUUUACUCAGAACCUGUCUGAAGCACUACUUUAUAGCUAAUGGCAGCGCGUGCAUGGCCGUGUUCAGCUGUGUUUGCGGCUCUCGGCUCGCGUUGCGAGAACUCUAAUUUUGACAUGCAUUAACCUUUUAUUUGCACUUUGAUGGGCGACAGUUUUUAGUGUAACCUUCUGUGAAACACACUUAAGUGAUUUGUACUUAGAUGCUCAUCCUUACUUCCCUGGUUCCCCUUUUAUAUGGACAAACACUGCAAUUUAUAGGUGACAGUUGUAGGAAUUUACGCUUUUUCUAGCUUUUGUUGUAUUUUCAGCCUAGAUUAUAAUACUGUUAAUCUUUAGCUCCAACUUAAGGUGCCUUUUUAAUUCCAGUUUUAUGGACGUUAUUAAUGUUGGAAAAUCAUGUACUGAAUUCAUUGCUCUUACUGCAUCAGUCUACCCAUGCAGGGACCUGUGUACUGUAAGCCAUAGGAGGAGCCUUUCCCAUCCGGCCUCGAGGACGAGGCUCCUGGUCUCAUACUUAAAGGAAUUGGGAGUGGUCGCCAACAGAGCUGGUUUCAAAAUAUUCAUGUAUCAAAGAAUACAGACUGUUCUGACAGUUACCUUGCAUGCUCUUGAGUGCUCUUUAUUCUUUUCCCUUUCUUUCUUUUUUUUUAAGUUCCUAUGUGAGUGCGAGUCACCCAGAACACUAUCCUCAGAAAGGAAAGACUUGGAAACUCUAAAAUGGCCAUUUCAUCAAUCGUGCUUAAAGGCUUUGGGUCAAAGACUCUUAACCCCUUCUUCCAGGGAGCUGUCAGUUAAACUCUUAGUUACAGCAUGAGAACAAAGGCAUUAUUUUGAGAAAAGUGACCUAACUUACCUAUCAGAAGAAGCUUACUUUCCGGUGCCUUUCAUAAGUAUUGAGGGCCAUGGCAGUCUUGUGUGUAAAAUGUUGGUUUGGUUUGACUUUCUGCCUUGCCCUUUCUGCUUUUAUGAGGAAGUAAGUACAUUUUUUGAGGAAAGGAGAAUGUGUUUCUUUUUUUCUCUCUCUGUGACAUUAUUUAUUGCUUUUACAAAGUGCAGCCAGGAGGUGAUUUUAUUCUUUAAGAUGAAGUGCCUGCCACGUGGGCCUCCGCUCACUGUCCUUUGCCUGGUGACAGUUCUUUAUGGCAGUCAUCUGAGCCUUAGCCACAGUUUCACACGCCACACUUCCUCAGUCUUCCAGAGCUGUGUCGGCCAUGCGGAAGAGUAUGUUUGCUCAGUGGCAGAACAGUUUCUGCUUCCUUUUUUUUUUUAACUUACCUGACUCAUGGCACGACUUCGGAACAGUUUGUAGCACAAAACCACCCAGGCUGAAUAGCAGGUGUAUGUAGUCAACUUCAGUGGGUUUGAAGAGAGGGAAACUAGUGUUUCAUUGAUACUGUCAGUUGAGUUCAUUCAAAAUUGUUUUUAUUCAUUUCAUAGCUUUUGGAAUUCGGAGGGCUUUAUGUGAUCGGCCUUUUCUUCGUUUUUCCUAGGGUGCUGUGUCUUGUGAGUGACAGCACUUAUGCCUCUGACUGUUCAGAAUUUCACGGAGAGGUGUAAGCCUAUUGCAUUUCCCAGAAGUUCUCAAUUCCACACCCCUGGGUUUUAAAUGGAGGCUUUAUCUGGCUGCUCCUCUGAUUCCCGAGGAUGUCCGAUAGCCAUGGGUAGGGCGUCAAAAUUGCCAGGAGGGUUUUUAAAAACUAAGUAAAAUUCUGACCAAUGAAAAGGAAAUGCCUCUGAAAGAAACCACUUCAGCAAAUUACAGUUUCAGGUUUUUAUUUACUCUCUAGAAUGUUUAUUAAACAUCGAUACCAUUGAAAUGAUCACAUUUUACAGCAUGUACAACAUAUUAACAUAUGCCUGUUGAAAGGAUGGUGUGGGAAUACUAAAGCUACCACCAGUUUGGUAGCUGCAAAAGGAAGAAUAGAAUCAAAAUUAAUCUCAGUAGUGAAUUAAUGCAACAAAAUAUGUUAAUUGGGGGGAGAAUACAAUGUAAGAGGUGCCUUUGACUCACGUUGCUACAUAAUAGGUAUUAUGGUGUGGUUGGUAUUGCCUGACUUAAGUUGUGAAAUGAAAACUAGUAGAUAUGCUAUUGGUCUGCUGAGGCCAACAUUUCUUCUUUAGAGAAAAUUUAAGGAAGACACCAACCAAAAUGUCAAAUGUAUACAUCAGAAUGUGAAUAAUCUUUCCCAUUUCAUCAUUGUUGUGUAAGAAGCCUAUGAUAACAGAGUUGGCUGGUCUCCCCGGUGAAACCCACCGUGGGAUCACUGGGUGGUUCACUGCGCUACACCCAGCAGCGCAGAAAGAGGGCGUGGCCGAGUGCUUUCCGCACAUCUGAGUGUAAGGCAUCCUUUUCAGGUGUAAAAUGACUGGUAUUCAGAUCUGAAAUGAAUUUUGUCAAGACAAGAACUGGGGCUCACAUUGUAUAAAACCCUCUGUAUCUGAGGGUACCUGUGGGAAAUGGUUCCCCUGUAAGAGUGUUCUGCUGAAGGAGAAAGCUUAUAGAAGGAAUCAAAUCCUCUCAGUAGCAGAGAGGCCCUGAACAGUUGAGUAGAACCUGUGUGAGUGCUGUGCUUCUGUUGUAGAGCAUCUCCUAUACCAGUUUAGAUCCACUUCUUCAUACUUUUUCUAGUUGUGUGCUUAAUAUUACUUUGAAUCAUUAUCACUUUCCCACCUAAAAUAUAUUAAUACCUUCUGCGUUCCCUGAAGAAGGAAGAAUCUUUCAAUAAUUAUCGAUGGCACAGUUCGUACCUGUUAAACUGAGAGUCAGAGCCCGUCUUUGUCUUCUUAGUCAAAGCCUCAUUCACCUGCUGGGUGAGAAUAGAAUGGGUUUCCUCCUUGUGCUUGUCAGCCAGAUAAGCACGGGUCUUUCAAAGCAGUAGAGAGUCCGGUGGUGUAGAAGUGUUUGGUGAUUUUUAAGGGAGCGACUUUUCCUAAGCACUGGUUUGUGGGUGGUCUCCUCAGAUACGAACUAGGGUAGCUUUUGGGGGGUAAUCUCAGGUUUGAUGCCUGUUUUUCCCCAGAACGGCAGCAUUUUCCUCCUUGAUGCAGGUAGGAUUUGGGGGAGGUUUUCUGGAAAGUGAGUGUUAAGGCAUUACUUCUACAUAAACAAUCUUACCUGCUGCACAGAAACUUGGACAGUUCUUUGGAAUUCACUAGAUUGCAGUUGAGGUUCAGCAUGUCCUGAUGACAAGAGGUAACAGUAUUUAUCAAGCCUUUGUUCUAUUGGAUUAUUCAUAAUAGAAACUUAUUUUCUAAGAUACAACUAUGUUACAAUUGAAGUGUUACCUGAAAAUUGGAUGGUUCACAAAAACCCACGAGAGGGAUUUUAUAUACUAAAUUUUUUAAAGGUAAGAGCUUAUCAUACUUGCUGAUUGCAAUGACUGUAACACCAGUGAUGGGUCGUUUUGUUGAGAAGACCCCGUCAGGGAAGGAUUUUUCUGUUGUUCAUGGCAGAAUGGAGAAGGUGUGCAUGGCACUUGUCUAAAUCAUUCUGUUCUUCAAGUUCUUAAAAUCAUCAUACUAUUGCCCUGUAAGGUUUUAUUUGAAGAUACUGUUUUUAAAAGUUCAGAAGUUUGUGUACAGGUGGAUUUUUUUCCCCCAUUAUUAGGUAGUGCCUUCUUAAUACUGGCUGGUGUUAGUGGUAACCAGAUUCCAUUGAGGCCCAGCAGCUCACGUUCUUUAUGAAAGAAGAAAUCUUUGAGAGGCAGCUUUUCAGUCACAGGUGAUGUGGCUUUCAUUCAUUCACAAACUGCAGGGACUCUCAAAGAUAAUAGUUGGGCAAGUGGUUUUCUUCUUGACCUUGUGAAGUUGCAUUUUGAAAACCACUUAUUUUAAAAUUGGAUGAGAUUGUAAUGAAAACUGGUUUAUGUGUACCUACCCGUGUCCUGUUGGAGGAGAGAUGUCAUGUGCAGAUGAUAAAGACCAAACCAACGGCUGCACUGUAGGCCUGCUUCUUAUUUGUACUUGUUCUGCUUCUGUUUAUGUUGUAGAAAGUAAAAUUCUAGCAACAUGCUUCCAUUCUGUUAUCUUUUUGAUACUUAUAAAAAUGUAUUAGGUUUUACUAUAUUGUGCUUUUCGAAGCCAUAACUCUUAAGAACUUCGUUUUUGCAUAUUGUUUGCUAAUACUUCAUUUUAAUAAACCUCAAAACCUGCUUAA